CCAGUCGAAUUUUUGUUCAGAGUUUUUGUAGCAUUUGCGUCGAAAUGGAAAACGAAGGCAAAUUGAAAGGUGGACAUGCGCAAGCAGUCAAAGCUGGUGGAAUGCGCAUUGUGCAACAUAAGAACACAUUUGUUGACAAAGAUAAAAAUGGGGCUUCUGCAGCUGCUGCUGACGAAGCUAAUUCAGUUUUAAAAGUCUCGACAAGCCCACCGAAACAGACUGUGGUACCGGUUCAUGCUCACAAUGACUAUCCGACCGAGGCAGUUCAGAAAACUCAUGACAAGCCAAUGCCAAGUCAUGACAUGAGACAACACUUUUGCCCAAAGCCAAGUAUCCAUCAACCUCGCAAAUAAAUACUCAUAGAGAUUCUUAUUACACAAGACUGGACUUGGAUAUGUGUUAUAUGGAUCCCAUUAACAUAUAUCCCAUAUUACAAAUAAGAAUGAUUUAGGUUUAAAUUGCAUUUAUUUUUUAUUUAACAUUCAUUAUCAGAUUCUAUUUAAUAUAGAUUACAUUUUUGAAUGUUUA